CUGGAAUGUCGACUUAUUCCCCACUAUGCGCGUUUGUGUGCCCCUCCUUGCGCUAGUCACACCGCGGUACAUACCGGCCAGGGCCAACCACGCCCCGUCGCCCGCACCUUCCAGGUUCUUUCCCAUUGACUUUUGGUUGGUUGGCAGUUGGGUCUUGCCUGAUGAAGCUUUCCGGCCCUAGCUUCCGCCGCAUUCCGUCCAGAACCAC